AUGCUGGCCAUCGCCAUCUCCCUCCUCUCGGCCCUCAGCGCCGCCAACGCCUACACCGUCAUCAACCACGACCAAUUCAUGCGCAAGAACAUCGACGCCCUCGUCAAGCCGGGCCAGUACUGCAGCAGGGCUGCCCCUCGGGCGAGAACCCCAACGACCUCUCCGCCUACUGGGUCCCCACACUCUACCACGUCGCCGCCUCUGGCUCCCGCACCGAAGUCCCCCCCCCCCAUGCGCUUCAGCACCUACUACGAAAACAUCCUCUACGCCGACGCGCCCAUCCCGCAGGACUUCUCCGCCAUCGCCGGCUCCGCCCGCGCCACCACCCAAUCCGACCUCGACGACGCCACAACCGUCGCCCUCUCCUAG